UAAAGCAUUCCUUCACGGGAAGGUCUUCUUCCCAAAAUCCAAGUUGUUGUAACUCUCAAGCCUAAGACAAAAAAAACACCAAAUCACAAAAAUGGUUCCACCGUUUAUCAUGUGUUCAGUCAUGAUCUUGUUCAUCGUCAUAGAACCAAUGACCAUAAACGCUAGAGAAUUACGACCUUCCGAUCACGGUCUUGAGUACUACUACGAACCAACAAGAGAGUCUCAAUCGGAGAUGACCACAUUCUUCGGACCACCUUCUCCAAAUGAGCUGACGCCGCCGACGACAUCUUCUUCAUCAUCAUCAUCACCACCGUCUACCAGCUCGAUAUUGCCGAGUGCGGUGAAAUCCCCACUAACGACGACGACAACGUCAUCAAAAGUUCGGGACAACGAUGAUGAUGAACACGUGAUGAACCACGUGCUGGUAGUGGGCAGCUUGGUGUGUGGACUCUCCGGUGUAGCUUUGAUGGUCGCUUCUGCUCUCAUUUAUUUUCUUGGCUACCCGAAAACACAACAUGCCUCUGUUAAUUGCGAUCACAUUCAUAAUAACAAUGUCACUAAUACCAAGUAGAAUUCGUUGUCUAUAUAAUUUGGUCAUAUGAUUCAAGAGAAUAAAGAUUUUGUUGUUAUGUGAAUCAUUAUUAUUGUGUAGAAAACAGUUACACUCAUAAUGUAUUUUGGUUAUUGGAUUAUUUUUGGUCUGUUUGGUUA